GAAACUUCCGCGUUCCAAAGUUCAAUCAAUACGUUGCUUGUUGGUUAGAAGGUAUAAAUGGAGGUCCCCGGGAAACUUGGUCAUGAAGACUCUACAUUACUAUGUCUUCCGUGUGAUAGAGAUGGUUUGAAGGAAACAGUUUAUGGUUUUUGCCAGGAUUGCCAGGAGCACCUAUGUGAAACAUGCUUCAAACAUCACCGACGUGCACGUCCAUUAAGAAAUCAUGUCCUCAUUGACAAAGAGUCCAUGCCAAAGACGCCGGCAAUCGCACCUACAACAUCGGACGAUACGGCGGGUCAUUGCGAGAAACACCUUGAUAAACCAUUAGAAUUCUAUUGUAGAGAUCACAAACUAGUGGCUUGUUAUGUUUGUGUGACUCUGGAACACAAACAGUGUGAUGUGGACUAUAUUCCUGAUGUUUCUGGAAACAUGUCUGAAGAGAUGACUGAUAUAUUAGAACAAAUGGAAUCGUUGAUUACAAAAUGUAAAUCGGAUGUAGAAUAUGUAAGCAAAGCUGCGCAAAAUCUAGAUCUGAGUCAUGCGAAAGUUGUUGAAGAUAUCAAAGUUUUCAGGAAAGAAAUAAAUGAAUGUUUGGAUAGAAUGGAAACCCAGAUAUUAAAAGAAACUGACACAACUGUAAAAAAUGCGAAAUGUAAACAGGAAACCGUAUUAAAUGCUUGCUUAGAGAUAACUGAAGAACUUGAAUGUUCACAUUCGUUGUUAAUUGCAUUAAGAGAAGAAAACAAGCAAAACAAGCUUUUCAUUGAGAUGAAAAACGCCGAAAAACGUCUGUCGAUAUUGACAGAUAAGGAAGUGCAAGUAUCAGAUGCAAAUGAAACAAUCAAAUGUAUCCAAUUUACAAGGAACACGAGCCUCUUAGAUCGACUGAAGAAUGAGAAUGAAUUUGGAAAAUUGUUAACAUGUGUACAACCGUCUUCAGAUAAAACAUUAAAUUUACAAUAUGAUGAUACACUAAACGUGAAGUAUAAAUCCGAUAAGAAAGAAUGUAACAUCACCGGUAUAGCUAUGAUUGCUCCUAUGAAAAUUAUUGUUGCUGACAAUUACAACAACAGUAUCAAAAUGAUUGAUGUUGAGACAAAAUCAGUUAUAACAGAGACAAUUUUGUCUUCUCAACCAAAUGAUGUUAUAACUAUUCCAGGAAAUAAACUAGCUGUGACUUUAACAAAUGAAAAAUGUAUUCAGUUAUUGUCUCAUACUGAAGCAGAACUUUCAUUAGAUCGACGUAUAGCUGUAGGAGAAUAUUGCAAUGGUGUAGCUUAUUGCCAGAAUAAGUAUGUUGUCUCUUGCUGGGCAUCAAAGAAAAUAAUUAUAAUCAAUCAUGAAGGUGAUAUUCUCAAUGACCGUGGUUCUCUUGCUAGGUUUUAUGGACCAGUCCGAGUUUCCGUCAGCAAUGAUGAAAAGUUCCUAUAUAUUUCAGAUACGGAUUCCGAAAACAAUGGCAAGGUUGUGCAAAUUGAUUGGGAAGGAAAUGUUAAGAGCAUUUCUAACGACUCGGAAUGUAAAGUUCCUUUUGGUCUUCAAAUGUUAGAAGAUGACACGGCACUUGUGUGUUACGGAGACAGUAACACUAUUCUGAGACUGUCAAGCAGCUUAAAAUGAUGUGACAUUAUUGGACUAGAGGUAGCAAAUAUUUAUAGCCCAACAGCUGUAUCAUACUUUGACAGAGAACAAAAACUGUACGUAAGUUGUUCAUCAAUGAAAGGAAAAUGGAAGGCUGAUAUUGUUAAAAUAUUCAAUGUGUAUUGGACCUAGGCGUCACAAAAACUAUUGACGUCAUUGAAUAAACUCUUACAGAAAUUGUGUGUACCUUUCAUAAACGGAUAAUAUAUGACAUUAAUUAAGACGUUUAAGAAUCGUAUAAUUUUCAAUGUUGACAUUCUUCACAUAUAAAGAAAAUAUACAUUGCAACAGUUUCGAAUUUUAACAAUCUUGUAACGUUGAUAUGAACAUGUUACACAAUUAUCAGAUACAUGUUUGAGCAACAGUAAGAAUGUUUUAAAAUUGGUUGUGAAGGGAAUUGCAUGAACGUUUUUGAAGAAACAGGAUCUUUAUGUUUAUGGUACUAUAUGAUCUAUAACUGAUACCUGUGUGUUUCAAAGGCAGCGAUACUUCUUGAAACCGCCUGGCAGCUUAAACAGAUAUGGUAUUAUUAGACUAGGGAAAGCUAUCAUCCAUAAGCUGUAACAUUCUUUGAGGAAUAAAUGAAUGCUAGUAUUGUUAAAAGCGGCUGCAACUAAAAUAUAUAUCCGAAAUUUAGUUUUUCUUUCAUUUCUUCUUUCUGCUUAAAAAAGUAGAAAAAAACUAUUCCCGACCCGUACAUAUAAUUUUCGAUCAGCACGACAUUUUUGUUGUUUGUUUGCAUGUUCGUGGGGAUUUAAGUUAUUUUCUUUGACCUUUUUCUGAUUAGGUGGUCACUGUACUCCUACUUGAAUACUAUUGAAUUGCCCUUAGGAUAUGUUGUAUUUUGUCUUUUGACGUCUUUUCUGUGAUAUGCAGGCUUUUCAACCUCUGUUCCCCUUUCAAAAUUUCAUUUUGUUGAGAAAUAGCUUUUAACAAUGCAAAUAAAGUCCGGUACAGAGCUAAUAAUAUAAUGAAGAUUGGAUAUAGAUGAUUAGUAAUAUAAUUUUUUUUUUAAUUAAUUAUUAUUUUAAACCAAAUCUAUGAGAUAAUCAUGUAAAUCCAA